AUGCAGGUCGGUAACGGGGACUUUGCCUUCGGUGCUGAUAUCACUGGUCUCCAAACCGUGGUGCCCUGGAACAUUCUCUCAUCCUGGUGUUGGCAUAACUCCUCACUGCCCACCACGCCCGGCCAAACCUCUCCGGACGACUUCACGGGUCUUUCCUGGUGGACCCACGGCCGCCUCGUCAACUAUGCGCAGCCGAAUCCCGCAGAGGCGGCAAUUUCGCAGUGGAUGAUCGCCAAUCCUCACCGUGUCAACUUGGCUAGGAUAGGGCUCGUGCUGGACGGCAAGCCCAUCGAAGACGCCGAUAUUGGUAGCCCACUUCAAAAGCUGGAUAUGUUCAGCGGUAUACUAUAUUCGAACUUCUCCCUCCGUGGAAAUACUGUCUCCGUCGAGACCGUUGCGGAUCCGGCCUCCGAUACUCUGGGCAUUAAGAUUCGGUCUGAGCUGUUGAAGAAUGGGUCCUUGUCAGUCUUCUUCGACUAUCCGUAUCCCAUUGACAAGAAUAAAUUCGAGAAUUUCGUGGGGCUUUUUAACGCCACCUCGAAUCACACCACUUCCCUUCGGAGUGGUGAAGGGUUCGCUGAGGUUGAACAUAACAUCGAUGCCACAACCUAUUUCACCAACAUCAAGUGGGACGGGGAAGGCUCCGUGGAUCGACCCGCUACAAACGCUCAUCGGUACUUUUUGAGGACUCGAGGCGACAUGCUGACUUUCACUGCAGCCUUUACCCUCGAAAGGUCCCAUGCUGAUAACACAUUUGAAGCUGUAGCAGCCACGUCUUCCGACUGGUGGAGCAACUACUGGGAGACGGGCGCGUUUGUGGACUUGACCGAUAUUUCUAAUUCUAAUGCGACCGAGCUUCAGCGUCGGACAGUCCUAUCUCAGUACUUACUUGCUGUGAACGAAGCCGGGAGGGAUCCACCUCAGGAGUCCGGCCUUACCAACAACGGCUGGUACGGGAAGUUCCAUAUGGAGAUGGUGUUUUGGCAUCUGGUCCAUUGGGAUCUAUGGGGGAAAGAAACCCUACUUAAUCGGAGCAUUGGGGUGUACGAACGCUUCCUUCCAACAUCUUUGGAACGUGCUGCGCAACAAGGAUACACGGGCGCUCGCUGGGGAAAAAUGAGCGACCCUACAGGACGCUCGGCACCCGGAGAAAUCAACUCGGUCCUCGUCUGGCAACAAGGCCACCCCUUUUACUUUGCUGAGCUCGAGUACCGACGUAGUCCAAGUAACGCGACACUGGCCAAAUGGGACCCCAUACUCACUGCAUCUGCUGAAUGGAUGAGCGCGUAUGCCUUUUACAACGGCACGACCGGAGUCUACGAUCUGGGCCCACCGAUGUAUCCUGUCUCCGAAAAUACCAACCCAAAUGCCACAAUCAAUUCGAUCUUUGAGCUAGCGUACUGGGAAUUUAGCCUUUCAAUUGCCACCAGAUGGCAACAGCGGCAAGGAAAACCUGUUCCUUCGCAUUGGACUCGCGUUGCAGAAAAUCUGGCACCCCUUCCCACUGAGAAUGGAACUUACGUGACGUAUGAGGGUGUGCCUGACAUGUGGACCGAUCCGGACCUGACUUCGGAUCACCAAGGGCUCCUUGCCAUCAACGGAGUUCUUCCUCCGCCACCCAAUAUCGAUAUAGCGGUCUUCAACGCAACUGUCGAACGUGUCUAUCAGACGUGGAAUUUUUCAUUCAGCUACGGUUGGGACUUCCCUCUGCUGGCUAUGACAGCUUUGCGAGGCGGUGAUCCGGAGAGAGCCGUGAGGUGGUUGCUGGAUGACAAUUUCGCCUUCGACGACGUCGGCUUGCCGAUUGGCGGGACUCGAGUACCUACUCCAUACUUCCCCGCAAGUGGCGGACUGCUGAUGGCUGUAGCCAUGCUGGCAGCGGGCUGGGAAGGUAAAGAGGGAUCAAAGUGGCCAGAAUCCUGGGGUGGCGCAAGGUCUGAGGCUUUCAGGCCAGUGUUGUAA